CGACUGAAGCUAGGUUUGCCAAACUGAAGAGCCAAACACGGCUUCUAAAGAAAAUUUCUCUUCUCUCUCUUUCUGUUUAUUGCAACAAAAUGGCGGCAACCUCUUCUAGAAGAUCAUCGACUGGACCGGUUGUUCGUUCACUCUCGCCUUCCGGCAGAUUCUACAACUCUCAUUACACAUCAUCAUCCUCUUCCUCCCCUGCUUUCGCUUAUUCAACCUCCAGUUUCUCUUCUAGAUCUUCCCCUUUCUUUACCAGAUCUGCUUCUCCAACACGUGUGAACCUCUACGGUAACAACAAACCGAUUCAGUCCACCUCAGCUCACUCAGUCCAGUUCGUAUCACCUCACCGCGCCAUCACUUCUCAUAACAUAAACAACAAUCAAGUUAAAGUUCAGGUAUUGAAAAAUCAAGCCAAACCGAAGAGGACGUGUAUGUGUUCUCCUACAACGCACCCUGGCUCCUUCCGAUGCAGCCUCCAUAAAAAUUUUAAUUCUUCACAGUCUCAGGCUACCAAUUCACCAAAUAAUCGGCUACAUGCUAGGAGAUCGGCUAUGACAAACUCGCUGGUUAGGAUUGGAGGAGUAGAAGGGGAUUUGGUGAAGAGAGCUUUGGCGGCUUUGAUUCGGCCGUCUUCUCACCAGCAAAGACGGCGCGCUGCUUUCCAGCCUCGGCCAAGCCGCUUAUCUAUCAUGUCCAAAGCUCAGGAUGAUUUAUGACCAAAGAUCAAAUUCCUGGACUUGGACUCUGAUUUGUUUUGUUUGUGUAUAUAUAGAAAUGUGAUAUAGAAAUAUAAUAUAAAAAAUCCGAGCUAUUUAUUUUGAGGCGCUUAA